AUGGUAUUGGAUGAUGGACGGUCUCCAAAGCCACGGAUCUGUGGGGAUUGCAAGCCCUGCUGCUGCCAGUCCAGCUGCUGCAAACCCUGCUGCUCUUCAGGCUGUGGGUCCUGCUGUCAGUCCAGCUGCUGCAAGCCCUGCUGCUGCCAGUCCAGCUGCUGCAAGCCCUGCUGCUGUCAGUCCAGCUGCUGCAAGCCCUGCUGCUCUUCAGGCUGCGGGUCCUGCUGUCAGUCCAGCUGCUGCAAGCCCUGCUGCUGCCAGUCCAGCUGCUGCAAGCCCUGCUGCUGUCAGUCCAGCUGCUGCAAGCCCUGCUGCUCUUCAGGCUGCGGGUCCUGCUGUCAGUCCAGCUGCUGCAAGCCCUGCUGCUGUCAAUCCAGCUGCUGCAAGCCCUGCUGCUCUUCAGGCUGUGGGUCCUGUUGUCAGUCCAGCUGUUGCAAGCCCUGCUGCUGCCAGUCCAGCUGUUGUAAGCCCUGCUGCUGUCAGUCCAGCUGCUGCAAGCCCUGCUGCUCUUCAGGCUGCGGGUCCUGUUGUCAGUCCAGCUGUUGCAAGCCCUGCUGCUGCCAACACCAGAACCAGGAGCUGCUGUGGCUGUUCUGGAGGCUGUGGCUCCAGCUGUGGGGGCUGUGGCUCCUGCUGCUGCAAGCCUGUGUGCUGCUGCAUGCCUGCCUGUCCCUGCUCCCGUUGUUGGGAGGUUGCAAGGGUGACUCUGGCUCCUGUGGGGACUGCUAG